GGAGGGAAAUUACUGAGCUUCUCAGUCCAUUACUGAGUGUUGGAGAAAGUGGACCUGAAUUUCAGCCACAGGAGAAACUGCUUGGGGUGCUCCCAAAGAGGAAACUGUAAGAAGAAUAUGAAUUGUGAUAGAUUUUCAUGUUUCAACAAGCAGAAUGAUGACCACUUCUAAUCAAUCUCUAGUCUCACAGUUCAUUAUCUUAGGCUUCCCUAACCUCGGUGGAGCUGAAGUCUUGUUUUUCAUUCUUCUGAGUAUUAUCUACAUCUUCACCCUUAGUGGUAAUGUUCUAGUAAUCUCCAUAAUCUGCAGUCAUCGUCACCUUCAUGUUCCUCUAUACCUCUUUGUUGUAAUACUUUCCUUCCUGGAAAUCUGGUACACUGGAGUCACUAUUCCAAAGAUGCUGAUGAACUUACUAAAUGAGAAGAUGAUUUCUUAUGUUGGAUGUCUUCUCCAAAUCUACUUUUUUCAUUCUUUGGGCAUUACAGAAACCUAUCUUCUAACUGCCAUGGCCUAUGAUCGCUACAUGGCCAUUUGCAACCCUUUAAGAUAUCCCUCGAUAAUGACAAACUGUUGCUUCUUUCAGUUAGCAGCAUGUUGUUGGGUUGUAGGAUUCUUUGGACCAUUGACUCAGAUCAUCUUGCUGUCUCGCCUUUCCUUUUGUCAUUCAAACACGAUUGAACAUAUCUUCUGUGACUUUACUCCACUGAUAAAGUUGGCAUGUUCUGACACGUCACUCAACGUCACAGUUGGCUUUGCCAUCAACUCAUUCCUUUUCUUCUUGGCCUUUGUAUGCAUUAUCCUGUCCUACCUCAAUAUAAUAUCUGCUGUAUUAAAAAUAAAGACAGCAGAGGGCAGGACAAAGGCUUUUUCUACCUGUGGUGCCCACCUUACUGUUGUCCUGCUUUUCUUUGGCAGUGUAGGUUUUAUGUAUGUCAGACUGACCAAUAAUCGUUCCGUGAACUAUGAUCGUGUGAUGGCUGUCAUCUAUUCGGUUUUAACUCCAAUGUGUAAUCCGAUCAUUUAUAGCCUGCGGAAUCGGGAAAUUAGAAUCCUGUUGAGGAAGAAGAUCAGUGACCUAUUUAGAGGGUUUAAAAGUGUGUCCCAAGAUUGAACCUAUCCACUGGUUUGGUGAUGUCUCUGAUCACUUAAGAGUCC